GAGCGCCCGCUGCGUGCGCCCCCGCGCCUCCUUGCCAUGGCCGGCCUCAACUCCCUGGAGGCGGUGAAACGCAAGAUCCAGGCGCUGCAGCAGCAGGCGGACGAGGCGGAGGACCGCGCGCAGGGCCUGCAGCGGGAGCUGGACGGCGAGCGCGAGCGGCGCGAGAAAGCUGAAGGGGAUGUGGCAGCUCUCAAUCGACGCAUCCAGCUCGUUGAGGAGGAGUUGGAUAGGGCUCAAGAACGACUGGCCACGGCCCUGCAGAAGCUAGAGGAAGCAGAAAAGGCUGCCGAUGAGAGCGAGAGAGGAAUGAAGGUGAUAGAAAACCGGGCCAUGAAAGAUGAGGAGAAGAUGGAGAUCCAGGAGCUGCAGCUCAAAGAGGCCAAGCACAUUGCAGAGGAAGCUGACCGCAAAUACGAGGAGGUAGCUCGUAAGUUGGUCAUCCUGGAGGGUGAGCUGGAGAGGGCAGAGGAGCGUGCCGAUGUGUCUGAACUAAAAUGUGGUGACCUGGAAGAAGAACUCAAGAAUGUCACUAACAACCUGAAGUCGCUGGAGGCUGCCUCUGAAAAGUAUUCUGAAAAGGAGGAUAAGUAUGAAGAAGAAAUUAAACUUCUGUCUGACAAACUGAAAGAGGCUGAGACCCGUGCUGAAUUUGCAGAGAGAACAGUUGCAAAACUGGAAAAGACAAUCGAUGACCUGGAAGAAAAACUUGCCCAGGCCAAAGAAGAGAACGUGGGCUUACAUCAGACACUGGAUCAGACACUAAAUGAACUUAACUGUAUAUAGCCAAAACAGAAGAGUCUUGUUCCAACAGAAGCUCCAGACCUCCAUGUCUUUCUCUUCUCUUGUAAGAAGUUUCUUUUGUUACGGCAUCUGCGCAAAUUAUGAAUGUGACCAAAUAUUUUGUAUCAGAGAAGCUUUGAGCAUCAGUUAAAUCUAAUUCCUUCUCUCUUUUUUUUUUUUU